AUGUACGUCUACAAGAGAGACGGCCACAAGGAGCCCGUGCGCUUCGACAAAAUCACCGCCAGAGUGCAGAGGUUGUGCUACGGCUUGGACACGGAGCAUGUCGAUGCCGUUGCCAUCACCCAGAGAGUGAUCUCGGGAGUCUACCAAGGAGUUACCACCAUCGAGUUGGACAACUUGGCUGCUGAGACCGCCGCCUACAUGACGACCAUCCACCCAGACUAUGCGAUUUUGGCUGCCAGAAUAGCGGUGUCGAACUUGCACAAGCAGACCACCAAGCAGUUCUCCCAGGUGGCCAAGAUCUUGUGGGAGUACGUCAACCCAAAGACCGGCUUGCACUCGCCCAUGAUUUCCAAAGAGACUUAUGACAUCAUCUGUGAGCACGAGAACGAGUUGAACUCGGCCAUAGUCUACGACAGAGACUUCAACUACAAUUACUUCGGCUUCAAGACCUUGGAGAGGUCCUACUUGCUUAGAGUGAAUGGGAAAGUUGCCGAAAGACCCCAGCACUUGCUCAUGAGAGUUGCAGUUGGUAUUCAUGGCAAAGACAUUGAGCGUGUCAUCGAGACGUACAAUUUGAUGUCCCAGAGAUACUUCACCCACGGUUCUCCAACUUUGUUCAACGCUGGUACUCCUAGCCCCCAGAUGUCCUCUUGUUUCCUUGUUGCCAUGAAGGAGGACUCCAUCGAUGGUAUCUACGACACGUUGAAGACGUGUGCCUUGAUUUCUAAGAGUGCUGGUGGUAUCGGUUUGCACAUCCACAACAUCAGAGGCACUGGUGCUUACAUUGCUGGAACAAACGGUACUUCCAACGGUAUUAUCCCCAUGGUGCGUGUGUUCAACAACACUGCCCGUUACGUCGAUCAGGGUGGUAACAAGAGACCUGGUGCCUUUGCUCUCUACUUGGAGCCAUGGCACUCAGACAUCUUUGACUUCAUCGACAUCAGAAAGAACCACGGUAAAGAAGAGAUUAGAGCUAGAGACUUGUUCCCUGCUCUUUGGAUCCCAGACUUGUUCAUGAAGAGAGUCGAGCUGAAUGGCGACUGGACUUUGUUUUCUCCUAACGAAGCUCCUGGCUUGGCUGACUGCUACGGUGACGAGUUCGUUGCCUUGUAUGAAAAGUACGAAAAGGAAGGCCGUGGAAGGUCCACCAUCAAGGCCCAGAAGCUUUGGUACUCCAUCUUGGAGGCCCAGACCGAGACCGGUACUCCAUUCAUGUUGUACAAGGAUGCCUGCAAUCAAAAGACUAACCAGAAGAACUUGGGUAUUAUCAAGUCCUCCAACUUGUGUUGCGAGAUUGUCGAGUAUUCUUCUCCAGAGGAGGUUGCCGUGUGUAACUUGGCCUCUAUUGCCUUGCCUUCUUUCGUCCAGAAGGACACCACUUCUUGCUGGUACGACUUUGACAAGUUGCACGAGGUGACCAAGGUUGUCACGAGAAACUUGAACAGAAUUAUUGACCGUAACUACUAUCCAGUUGAGGAGGCCAGAAGAUCCAACUUCAAGAACAGACCUAUUGCGCUCGGUGUGCAAGGUCUCGCCGACGCGUUCAUGAGCUUGAGAUUGCCAUUUGACUCGCAAGAAGCCAAGGAGUUGAACAUCCAGAUCUUCGAGACCAUCUACCACGCUGCCGUCGAAGCUUCUAUCGAGUUGGCAGCUGAGGAAGGUCCUUACGAGACCUAUGAGGGAUCUCCAGCAUCCAAGGGCUUGUUGCAGUAUGACUUGUGGGGCAGAAAGCCCACUGAGUUGUGGGAUUGGGACACCUUGAAGCAGAAGAUGGCCAAGCACGGACUCAGAAACUCGUUGCUCGUGGCACCAAUGCCUACGGCAUCUACUUCUCAAAUCUUGGGUAACAACGAGUGUUUCGAGCCAUACACCUCGAACAUUUACUCGAGAAGAGUGCUUGCCGGUGAGUUCCAGAUCGUCAACCCUCACAUGUUGAAGGACUUGGUUGACUUGGGUAUCUGGAACGAUGCUAUGAAGAACAACAUUAUUGCCAACAACGGGUCGAUCCAGUCGUUGCCCAACGUGCCGGACGAGAUCAAGGCAUUGUACAAGACGGUGUGGGAGAUCUCGCAGAAGCACAUCAUUGACAUGGCAGCAGACAGAGCCGCGUUCAUUGACCAGUCACAGUCGUUGAACAUCCACAUCAAGGACCCUACCAUGGGUAAGUUGACGUCGAUGCACUUCUACGGAUGGAAGAAGGGAUUGAAGACAGGGAUGUACUACUUGAGAACACAGGCGGCGGCAGCGGCCAUCCAGUUCACCAUCGACAAGAACGCUGUUGGCGAGGCCGGAAAGACGGUUGCCCUCUUAGAGAAGUUGAACCAGAGAAAGUACCUUCCGAAGAGGCUUACAGGAGAGUCGCAGACCCCACUGCCCAACGUGACGAGUGUCAGCGAGGAGAACGCGCGUGCGGUGUCGACGGAGCCCUCAUCGUUGGAGAAUCUGGUUGCGGAGUUGCACAUUGGGGAAAAGGCCGAGGAGAAGAAAGGUGAAGAGAAGCAAGACGGGGAGGAGAGCGACAUCUACAGCUCGCAGGUGAUUGCGUGUGCGAUCAACAACCCAGAGUCGUGCACGAUGUGCUCGGGAUGA